UGGGGAACAACUUCUUACGUACAAGAUCAAUUCUUGCUUUGCGUAACUCAGAUGUGAUCUAAUAAUUAAAAAUAUAAAUAAAUACGAAAGGAUCUGAUUGUGACUUUUUCUCUUAAGCAGAAACAAGGGAAUAAGAUGACUUGCAGAAGAUAAUUUUGAUACCCCACUAAGAUCUCAAAUUAUGUUUAAGAGCUUCAUGUUUGUUCUAAUCAAUAUUGAGGAAUGCAUAUAUCAUGUGUGGAAUAAUAUGUAGUUGUGGUUUUAAUCUUUUUGUCAAAUUAAUUGUUAUGUUUCAAUGUUGGGCCUUGUUGCAAUGGAAAGUGCUUUCCACCAAAAGCGACUGGACGAAGGUUUGAGUCUGGGAAUUAUCGUUUCCAAAAAAAAAAAAAAAAAAAAUUGGGAGUUAGGUUGCCUACGAAUCACCUCUCCUAAACUCUACAAAAGUGGGAGUUUUGGGCAUUGGGUACAAUCUUUACGCUCCAUCCUCAUUGAACGUUGGAUCUAUCUUUAAUGGGAUAUGCCUUAAAUGAAUCCCUUGUGUUGUGUUACUAACUUUUUUCAAGUUGCUAGUUUUUACCUUCCUCACCCACAUGUGUGCACAAAUAUAGUGGUGGAGGAUGCUAUGAUCUUUUCUCCUGACACCUAAGUAAUGCAACUGUCAGGUGGCUUUAAUUGGUAAAGAGUUAUGAGACUGUAAAUACAACCUGGUUCGCUGAGGAAGGUAGUGCAUAAGCCAUGGUUCUUGACAGCAUUCUAUCUUCUCCUCAUCGUAGGUCACCAUCAUUCAGGAAGCAAUUCUCGCGGGAUGAUUCCUUAAGCUGGCCAACACUCCUUCAAAGGCACCGCUUCCUCUUAAUAGCUCUAGUUCUCCUAGCUUUCCUAUGCACUGUGUAUCUUUAUUUUGCUGUCACUUUAGGUGCUUCUGGAUCAUGUUCUGAUUUAAAGGGUGCUCAGAAAGCGUCGUGUUUGGAUGCAAAAGCUUCUGUGGGCAAUGGAAAAUUGAAAUUCCUUUGACAUGUAGAUGAUAAUUAUAGUUGGAAAGCAUUUCCGUCCUUGGUUCUUUUCGAUUCUAAGGAGAUUGAAUUUAACCAUACUUUUAAAAUUUCCAUAGGUUGUUUGCUGUUUUUGAACUCAAUUGUCCUGAAUCUUAUAUAUGAGAAAUGUAACAAAAAUUUCAUUUGGAGACUAUAUAGCAAAAAUUUCAUUUGGAGACUGUGAUAA